UUAAAUUAGAACUAGCAAUAUCCUGGUUAUUGGUUUAUAACUUUCAAAAAAGGGUUCACAAAGAAAAGAAGGAAAAAGGAAGAAGAUGCCUUGCCUUUACAUCUCCACCAAUGUUAACUUAGAUGGAAUUAACUUGGAUCCAAUCUUUUCUGAAGCAACAUCUGCUAUUUCCACAAUCAUAGGAAAACCUGAAAAGUUUGUGAUGGUAAUAUUGAAGGGGUCAGUGCCAAUAACAUUUGAGGGAAACAAAGAACCAGCUGCAUAUGCUGAAAUUGUUUCAAUGGGAGGCAUAAACAAAGAAGUGAAGAAGAAGCUUAUUGCUACCAUUGGCACCAUUUUGCAAUCAAAGUUAUCCAUACCAAGAACAAGGUUUUUCCUCAAAGUCUUUGACACAACAGCAUUUAGGAGUAACUCCAAAAUGUGAUUAUGUAAUAUGUUGUCUUAAUUAAUAUUAUUAAUAAUAACACUCUUUUAUUAUA